GAUACAUUACAUUACUUUUAGGAUCAUUUAUAAUUUGAGAUCAUCCGUUACAUCAACUAAUUCAUUUAGUAUUAAAUAGCAGAUAUGUCCCUCUAUUAUCUGAGAAGACAAUUAGUGAACCUACAUAGGAGAGAAGUACAGCAAGUUUUAACCUGAAAAAGUAAACAAAAACAAGUAGACUAUCGAGUUGAAAAUCGUCGCUUGAGAGCAGAACUAUACUAUGUCCAUUUUUUCGUAUUUUCCACUUUUAACAUUAAGGUAUACAUUAGAGGAUGGUGAAUUCAAUGCAGAAACAGUUUAUCUCUAUAGUGGAGGGGAGACCAAUAAAGUCCCAAAUACAAACUAGUCUAACUUUUAUUAGCAAUUUGAUUUCAGUGCAGAACUGUUCUAUGAUGCAGACAGUGUUCCAAAGUUGCGCUCGUCAUUUACUCUGAUGGACAUAGAUUAGUUCUGACCUGUCGGUUUGGAGUUAAUAUAUAGAAAUAUUGAACAUAGAAUAGUUCUGAUUUGUUUUCUUCGGACUUCGCAUAGUAUUUCAGUGGACAUAGGUUUGUUCUGAUUUGGCAUUUAUAAGUUAGUGUGUUGUUAGUGGAGAUAGACUUGUUCGGACCUGUGAAUUGCGAGUUAGAAUUGUAUCAAAAAGGACAUAGAUUAGUUCUGACUUGGAAUAUAGAAGUUAGUAUCUAGUGCUAGUGGACAUAGACUUGUUCUAUUGUAGUUUCCUGAUUGUCUGUAAAAUGAAUAACAAAAGAUCUGCUAAAAUCUUGGAAAUGGUCUUGUGUAAAAAAGUGAAUGAACAUUUGGGCGGAAAAGUUGAUAUUAAUGUAAAUCAAUCGAUCACCGAUCCAAAGGAAAUCAACAUUAAUCGCACAGAUGAAUCUACUCCUAUGGUUGAUUGUCAUUUUACGAUUGACUUAACCAAUUUCGAACAUCCAGAUAUGAAUAUGAAUAAGAUGUGUUUGACAACACCUGCUACAGUAAGCAGUGAUAUGGAUUGGCAAACCAAGCAUGGAAAACAAAGCAAGAAAGAUGAGUUAGCUAUCGAGAUAGACCCACGAUACUUGAACUGUCCUGAUUUGGAAUAUCCGCCUUAUUUAUUACCAGCAGAAACCUCCAUUAGCAAAAACGAUCAUGUAGCGUUAGCGUCAGUCAAUCAACUGAAUGAUUUUUUUCGGCCUAGUGUACCUGGUGUAGCUGAAGAAAAGUCAAAAAAACAUGUACUUGAAGUUCCCAUGACCUCAAUCAGUCAAUUAAUUAAGCUUUCUGAACCUAGUACAUCUUACACAGCCAAUAAGAUAGACAGACUUCCAACUUCACAUCUACUUGAUGAUUUGGAAAUAAGUUCUUCAGAAUCCGAUCCAUUUGGUGGAGAUGAUGAUGAUAAAGACCCUGAUUUCCAGUUAUCAGACAAUAAUAAAAAUAAAUGCAGAAAUCUUAUUGGUAACAAUAACUUGCCCAUUAAGAAUUCCAGUUCUGAAGGUUCAGAUACAGAAGAAGAGCAAAAAAAUAAUUCAAGAAAACGCAUACGAAGACCUGAAGGCUGGAGAAGAAAUAAAAUUAAAAAAUUUAGAAAUAGUGGAAGGUCUUAUGUAAAUUGGAAAGGUAAUCUUGUGAGUGAACGAAAAAUGAAAAAUCCUUGUAAUUGUCGAUUAAGAUGUUCACAUAAAAUCGACGAAGUAAACAGAAUAAAGAUUUUUAGUGAUUACUGGGGUUUAUCAGAUCUUAACGGUCAAAGAGAUUAUAUUUCAAAAUUUAUGAUAUGCCAGAAUAAAGCGAGACAUCGAAAAAGAAAAGUAUCAGAGAGAGAUGAGGAAGACAGUGAGAAUGAGGAAUCUAGCAGAAGAAAUUUUACAUAUCUCUUUUAUUUUGCUCUGAAUGAAAAGAAAGUUCAAGUUUGUAAGACCUUCUUCCUUAAUACGCUGAGCAUCAGCGCACAAACGGUCAGAACUGUUUUCAAUAAACUUGGUUCUACUGGGGUAGUUACUGAAGACAAAAGAGGAAAGGUUUGUAAAAAUUCCAUGCUGGACGAAUCAGUGAAGCAAUCCAUUCGCGACCAUAUUCAUUCUUUUGAGACGGUGAGAAGCCAUUACUGCAGAUUGAACACAAAACGCUUGUUUCUGCCCACAACUUUAAAUAUCUGUAAAAUGUUUCAUAUGUAUGGAGAGUACUGUGAUGAAAAUGGUAUUCAAAGAAAAGCUACAGAAAGCAUGUACAGAACGGUGUUCAAUACUGAAUUUAAUCUAUCAUUCUUUCAACCGAAAAAGGAUUUGUGUGAUAUGUGUCACAGGUAUGAAAAUGGUUCUACCGAAGAAAAAAGGGAAAUGGAAGACGAGUAUCAGCAACAUUUAAGAAAUAAGAAACUGGCAAGGGACAUCAAAGCAGCCAACAAAGAAAAAGCAAAGCACAAAACUUUGCUCAGCAGUUUUUGAUUUGCAGCAAGUAUUAUCGGUGCCAAAAAGUGACGUAAGUUUGGCGUAUUAUAAGCUUAAGCUAUCUACAUAUAACUUCACCAUUUUCAAUUUAGCUUCGCAAAAUGCCUUCUGCUAUAUGUGGCAUGAAUGCAUUGCCAAAAGGGGCGCAUCUGAAAUUGGUAGCUGCCUUCUUCUUUUCAUUGAGCACCAAGUUCAGAAAGGCGUUAAUGAAUUUGCGCUCUUUUCUGAUAACUGCGCAGGUCAGAAUAGGAAUAAAUAUUUGUUUUCGCUCUACAAUUAUCUUUCUCAAAAACAUAAAAUAAAGAUACGACACAUAUUUUUGGAAAAAGGACACACUCAGUCUGAAGGUGACUCGGUACAUAGUGUUAUCGAGAAGGCCGCUAGGAAUGUCCCGAUUUACACACCUGAACAAUGGUACACCCUUGUCAGGACCUGCAAAAGAAAACAACCUUAUACUGUAAUUGAGUUGGAACAAGAAGAUAUCAAAGACUUAAAGACUCUACAAGAAAAGUCUUCAAUAAACUCGGUCUGCAACGAACAAAACGAAAAAAUUGUGUGGAACAAAAUAAAAAUAGUUGAAACCAGCUUUGAACAUCCAAAUAUUAUUUUGUAUAAAUACACAUAUGAAAAAGAUGAUCCAUUUCAAAAAAUAAAUAUUUUAAAAAAGGGAAGAAAAACACUUGACGUUGUUGUCUAUGAUUUACACCUCAAACGGCUCUAUCCCAACCUGAUCAAAUUAACUAAAAAAAAUAUGACCACUUACAAUUUCUUUGUAAUAAAAAGGUUAUACUGAAUCCUUACCAUGUAUUUUUCAAAAAUCUACCAUUUGGUGAAAAUCAAACAUCUAAAGAUUCUGACUAUGAGUAGUAUCUAAUAUGGUGUAAUAAUUGAUGGGUUAGGUAGUUUUUGGUGGUUGUAAGAUUCUGACUCAGUUUAGUUUUUUAGUCAUGUUUUUUUGGGUUGUAGGUCAGGAUUAGAUCAAAAUAUAAUCUUCCUUUUGGCUUCUCAAAAAUUUAUUUAACUUUGUUAAUGUUUCGGUCAUAAUGUUCUUAUGAAACAUUGAAACAUUUCGUUUCAUAGUAACCGGAC